GUUCAAAAGCAGGAAGUUCAAAUUUGUGACGAAGAUAUUUUACUCUUCCGCAGCUCUAAUCUGAACUGCCCUUAAAAAUUCCCAGCCGCCGUGCCGUGACUGCGCUCCGCCAUGAGCCACCGCAAACCGCUCAAAACUCUGCUCCCCACCGAACCAUUCGAACUCGAAUCCGGUCUCUGCCUCAUCCCCCGAGUCAGACUCAACCUAACAAUUCACCGCGCAGACAAAUCCGUAUCCCUAAUCGACGAGUGGAAGCUCAAGCGCUCUUUAAUCGAUUAUCUCAAAACGUCACACUCAAUUUCUGUUCCUGAAGAAGACAUCAAAGUUUUGAAGUACAGGGACAUGAAGAAACGGAAGCGUGAAGACCCUGUGGCGCGUGGGAGCUUGUUCGUGUUGGAUUUUGAGUUUCUGUCGAAGAAAUUGAAGUUUAUCGGUGAGGAUGAAGUGGAGCGAGAGUUUCUGGAAUGGAGGAAGGGGAUAGUGACGGAGAUGGAUGGAAUGGAGUUGAAUUUGGAGGGGGUGAAGUUCAAGCUGAGUGUUGAGGUGCCGAAAGGUGAUGAUUUUGAAGGGAUGCGGAAGGAGUGGGAGGAGAUCGCGGCGUUUGGAUCGAGAGGAUAUUCAAGGAGCGAUAAGCAGCAGCCUGAUACAAUUAUAUUGAGAGGUGUGCCUUCUAGGUGGUUUGCUGAGCCUCGGGUUUCAUCCAAACCCUCGAUGCUAGUUACUCAUACAAUUUUUUCAGCCCUUGGAAAGAUAAGGAAUCUUGAUGUUGGUGAGGACAACACAGGUGAAGAUGGGGAUGAAGACACUGGGAACCUAAUUUCAGGUCUUCAUUGCAAGAUUGUAGUUCAGUUUGAAGGUCACAAGGACUUCUGUAAUGCCUUGAAGGUUUUAUGCGGCCGCUCCUUAAAUAAGCAAGGAUCACGCUUGAGAGCUGAUUAUGAUGUCACUUGGGACAGAGAUGGUUUCUUUCGAAAUGGUAGAAGCCGAGCUGAACAAGGUAAAAGAUGGACUCCGGCAACUGUUGCUGGAAGUUAUAGAAGUGAAGGUUCUGGAUGGCAGUCGCAAGUGUCUCGACUUAGCCCUGAGGAUGCACGCAGGAAACGGUUCAGGGAUUGAAGAAAGUCUGAAUGUCGCACAAGAUUGGCCAUGGUCCAUGGAUAAUCAGAAAAAGGUUGGCCCUACUACUAUUGAAGUCUUGCUUUCUUUCAAGAUCUGAGGUAAUGUAUCUCAGUCUACGAGCACAUUGCAAUUCUUUUCUUUUGGCGCGACGGGUAUCAUCCUUUGCACUGUGAAGCUGUAUGAACGAUGCAUGCUUCAAGCAACACUGUCGAAAACAAUUACAUGUAUUCUGACCUGAUAGCAUCAAGCAAAGAGAUUGAUGAAGGACAUGUACACUAAAACAUGUGUAUUCAGCUUAGUUGACUACGAUGGAAUGAAAUUGAUCUACGAAUUUGGUUCAUGUAUAUUGUGAUCGUUGAUUAAUGUAGACAGAAAAGAAACGUUAGAACCAUUAAAUAUUUGAUUCUGAAGAAAUGCAGACAUUUUCUA